AUGGAAGACACCCUCAAGCUGAUGGAAGGCACCCUCAAGCUAAUGGAAGGCGCCCUCAAGGUGAUGGAAGAAAUACGUGUGGAAGAAGACUUACUUCGCGCCAAGGAGGCCGAAUUUCUGGCAGCUAUCGCCCCUCCACCCUCAAUUGAAGUGCCGACUUCCUUAGCCGAAGUACCUAGCUCGUCAGGGGCUCGUGAGGUUCCUGAAGGUUCUCCUGAGGAUCCUGCUGUAGAGAUCAUUCCCCAUCCUAUACCCACUGUUACCUCUCCAGUGGUUGCUGCUGUCUCCUCAUCUACCUCUCUUCCUUUAAUUGAGCUCACGUCUCCUGGUAGCUCGGGUAAAUUGAUAGCUGAAGUCUCUGCAGGCAAGCGUCCAGGACGCAAACUAACCAGGGCUCCUCCCUCAAAAAGGAGGCUCAUUCUUCCUGCUGACGAGUUGGUUUCAGAAGGCUUUGCUUUGGGUAGCUUUCCUUCUGAUGAGCCGAUGCUGGCGGAGCUCUAUCCUUCUCUUAACUUUCCUGCCUCGCCUUUCUCUAGUGCCAGCGCCUCUGGAGAUGUUUCUUUUACUUUUCCCUUAUCCAUACCAACUUCGGGGUCUUUGCCUUCCUCGCCUUCCUCUUACUUAGUCUUUGCUCCCCCCUAUAUUUUUACUUCUUCCUUCUCGGUCGGUUCUUCUGCCAUUCCUGUUCUUCCUAUAUUAUUAGGGGGUUCUUUUGCCAGCUCUUGGGAUGAAGUUCGUCCCCUUUUUGAAGAGCUUUCUAUUGCUGAGGCGAUCGAUCGCUUCUCUCACAAGGAGAAUCAACGAUGGCUAGAAAAUAUGGGUAUCUCUCGACUACUGCACAACCUAUAUACUGAGAACCAGAGGUUGAGAUCGGAGAAUGACAAGCUAAAGCAAGAGGUUGUUGAAUUGUCUUCUACUGCGUUUUCUGCUGCCGCCAAGAAACAGUUCGAAGUACAAAUUGAAAACCUUCAGGCAAAAUUUAAAUCAGUUAUGGACCUCAAUCAAGAAUUGACUUCCAAGCUUGGAGAGCUAAAGGCUAAUUAUGAAGCGGAAUUGACUGAGAAGCUCAAAACCUUACAGCUGAAAGAGGAUGAGGUAGCCUCUUUGACCACCUCCCUUGAUUCGGCUAAAGCUGAGGCUUCUGCCAAAGAAGAUGAAUUAAAAACCUCUCAGAUGGCGUUGCUAGUCUACAAAGGGGGAGAGGAUGUUCGUUAUAAGGAGCGAGCCACAACCAUGAUUGAAUCUCCCGAGUUCAACAGACCGAUGGAACAAGAGCAAAGGAAAGCUCAAGAGAUUGAAUUGUCAUCGCUUCAAAAGGAAUUGGAGCAGCUUAAAUCAGAGAAGAACGCUCUGGAAGAUCAGAACGCCAAGCUACAAGCUGAUUUUCAAAGUUACAAGGAGCAAGAGAAGAACCGGUGGAAGGAAUGGCGUCAGGCUUAUUUGAAGUCUUCAGCCUUUGCACUGGAUGCUCUGUUUGAAGCCUUGAUUGAUGAGAAAUUAAACUUGGAGGAGGAGGAGCUUCAUGCUAAAGAGCAAGAACUUCUUGUUGAAUUAGGUCAACCUUCUUCAAUAGACAUUUCUGUUCCUAUAUUAGUGGCCACUUCCAACUCCCAUGGUGUCCCCGAGGGAGCUUCCAUUGAUCCCCCCACACCCACAGAGCUUACUUCCCCUAUCGCUUUAGAGAAAUCCUUUGAAGCUGCCCUCUACUAG